UAAUAACAACUUGGCAAUUGUUUUUGUUUUGUGUUUAUUCACUUCAUUGUUCACUUAACUUAUUAAUUAGUUACUAUUGCACACACAUACAACGCACAUACAUAAGCAAAGCAUGUGUGAAAAAUGCGCAUGCGCGGACGCAGAUUAAUACCAAUAGUUUUAUCACUUGUAGUAAUUGUCAUACUGUGCAUAAGUUUUAUAACAAAUCAAUUGCGCGAGAAUGUGCCACAAAGAGAUGCGUAUCUGUUGCACUUGCCGCCCAUUAAGGAAGCAGCAACAGCUGCAACAACAAUAGCCGACGCUGCAGCGCUGAUCCUGCCCAGCGCAGCAACAUCGCCAGGCGCGCUGCUGAAUCUCACUGACUUUAAUUAUCUGCUUGCCAGCGAUGUUUGCAGACGCGCCGAACGCGAGCUGCUGGGUGUGCUUAUUGUAACGAGCUAUGCGGGCCAUGAUUCGCUGCGUGCUGCACAUCGUCAGGCCAUUGCACAAAGCAAACUGGCCGAGCUGGGGCUGCAGCGUGUCUUUCUGCUGGCAGCGCUGCCGGCGCAUGAAAGGUUUAUAACCCAGCAGCAACUUGUUAGCGAACAGCAGCGCUUUGGUGACUUGCUGCAAGGCAGUUUCAUUGAGGACUAUCGCAAUCUAAGCUAUAAGCAUGUCAUGGGACUGCGCUGGGCGGCCACAGAGUGCCAGCAGCAUGCCAAGUUUAUAAUCAAACUGGAUGAUGAUAUUAUCUACGAUGUGUUUCAUCUGCGCAGAUAUUUGGAAACGCUGGAGGUGAGCGAGACUGCCUUGGCCACAAGCAGCGCGCUGCUGGCGGGCUUUGUGCUGGAUGCCAAGCCGCCCAUACGACUGCAGGCGAACAAGUGGUAUGUGACACGCCAGGAGUAUCCACAUGCGCUAUAUCCAUCCUAUUUAUCCGGCUGGCUAUACAUAACCAAUGUGCCCACGGCCGCCAGACUGGUGGCUGAGGCGCAACGCGUGCCCAUCUUUUGGAUUGAUGACACUUGGCUCACGGGCAUUGUGCGCACUCGCCUGGGCAUUCCGCUCAAGCGUCACAACAAUUGGUUCUCGGCCAAUUCGCAGUUCCUCGACUGCUGUGUGCGCGAUUUGAAGCUGCACAACUAUGAGUGCGAAUACUUUGCCGGCCCCAAUGGCGGCGAUGCCAAGCUUUUAAUUGAAUUUCUGCACAACGUGGAGAAAUGUUACUUCGAUGAGUGCCUCAAGCGCCCACCGGGCAAGUCGCUGCAGCAAACGUGCCUGGCCACAGUCAAGUCGCCUGCCCCAGAACAUGGCAUUGCUCACAUACAGCCGCUGCGUCUCAGCUGAUUAUACUCCACCUUAGUUUACAUUUCUUUCUACAUAGCUUUUAACUUUCUAUGUAAUUUACAAAAACCAUAAUUUAUUAUUUAUAGUACACUCAAUGCAACACGAACUCAACUCAACUAACCUG